AGUAAUUGAACAUGCGAAAUAGCGCCAGGGAAACUGUUUGCGGACAGAUUUCUCCGCCGUGAAUAACUUAACCAAUUAGGGGCCCUAGACAUCUUGCGUGCGGCUUUUCAAGCCGGACUCAGUCACUUGAUGGUGCUUGGCGAAAUCGGCAGCAGCAUGCUAAAGCUCAGGCAAGAAGAGGUGGGUCCAGAGAAGCCUAAAUCCGGACCAAAUGACAUAGAACCAACGAAAACGUCGGAAGAGAACCAACUGGACGCGAUCAUCGUUGAGAUUGGCCAGUUCGGACCCUUUCAGGUCUUCAACUACAUAUUGCUUUGCCUGCCCAUCAUCUGCAACGCCUUCUACUCCAUUUCCUACGUCUUCACCGCUGGUGAUGUGCCCCAUAGGUGCAACAUCACCUUGUGCGAUGGAUUGGACUCCAGGUAUGAAGAACAAUUCCUAAAUUUUACCACUCCCCAGCGCCACGGGAACUGGGUUCAGUGUGAGCAGUACGCCGUGCGAAACGACAUCGCGGGUCAACCUUCGUGCAAUGUCAGUAGCUUUGAUAUGGGUCAGCGAGUUCCCUGCGAAGCUGGCUAUAAGCUGAGGAACGACGAAAAGACAAUAGCAACUGAGUUUGGCCUAUUCUGUGCUGACCAAUGGAAACUUUCUAUGGUGGGAACAGUAAACAAUAUUGGACAGUUUGUGGGAAUACCACUAGGGGGUUAUUUCGCCGAUCGAUAUGGGCGGAAAUUUAUACUGGUAUCCGCGGGAAUCCUGAGUUCCUUUGCAGGACUCGCUCGCUCACACGCGCCGGAGUACUACAGCUUUCUUUUCUUGGAGUUCCUAGACAUGGUCGUGGGGAGUACGCUCUUUCCCACCGCCUUCCUUCUCGCCGUGGAGCUAGUUGGCCCCAAGCAUCGCGUGUUGGCGGCCACCAUGAUUAGCCUUACCUACGGCCUGGCAGAGGCCCUUAUGGGCUACAUGGCCAAGUAUCUGCCCGACUGGCGUGUGCUUCUACGGGUGUUAUAUACCCCAGCUCUGCUUCAUUUGGUUUUCAUUUCCGUGCUGUCGGAGAGCGUGCGGUGGUUGCUCAGCCAGUCGAAGGAGAUCGACGCUCAGACCAUACUACGGAGAGUGGCGCAAAUAAACCGAAAAGAACUGUCGGAGCACCAGAUUAACGAACUGAUCCUCUCAAAUCGCCGAAUGGUGGCCCAGUCUUCCGCAGCCGGGGGUCACUAUAGUUUCCGUCAGAUCUUUCAGGCUUUGGGCUGUCGCACGGCUCUGUGCUGCUUUGUGUGGUUCACCCACACCCUGGUCGCCCUGGGUCUGAGUCUGCACUCAGCCCAGUUAAGUGGCAGCAAGUUCGAGAACUUCAGCAUGACUGGUCUUAUGCAGCUGCCUGGCAUUCUGAUGGCUACAACACUUAUGAACUGGAUAGGACGGCGACGGGCGCUCAGCUCCUGCCAGUUCACUUGUGCAGUCCUUCUCCUUGCAGUGGCUGCCACGGAUGCAGUGUACCCUGUGACCUCUUCCACACUGUACUUCCUUGCAAAAAUGACGUCCACAGGCAGCUUUAUGAUCCUGUAUUUCUUUACCUCCGAGAUCUUCCCCACAAACUGCAGGAACUGCAUGCUCUCCUUCUGCUCCAGUAUGGGUCGCUUAGGCUCCAUGCUGUCCCCACAGACCACUCUAUUGAUCCCCUACUACAAAUAUGGGCCCCACCUACUAUUCGCACUAUUUUGUUUCACCUGCUCGGUAUUGGUUUUGUUUUUCCCGGAGACAACGAACAAGGUGCUACCCACAACGCUUGCUGAAGCUUGCGCCCUGGAUAAGAGUAUACCUAAGGAAAAAUUGGUAAAAAGUGUUGUAUAAUCGAAAUUAUCGCGUCCCCAGUUUCUGUGGUCAGACACAUUGCAGAUUGUAAUUUUUCUUUACUAGCAUAUUUUCAAAGGUUAAUUGUAAGUACAUAUGUAUAUCGACAGUGCACUAUGGGGAAUUCGACCUGUUUUUUUGGCAUAAAUUAAUAUCUCGUAAAAUAUUUAAGAUACGAUGAUAAUUUUUUUGUCUAUUCUUAUACACACCUUUACAAUCAAUUUGGCAAAGUGGGCGUGUCGCCGCCUUCGAACAACCGCCCACAUCAGCCCCCCCGCCGCCCUAUCUUUACGAUUUUUUUUCUACCCAAUAUAUUCUUCAGUAUCUAUUUUAACGUUGAAAAAUAAGAAAUUUUUAUUUUUCAUUUUUGUUCGUCAUAAGGCCAGAGCCGUUUCAGUGGUAGUUUUCAUAUGAUGUUCAACGGGCCUUGCCUUCCGUCCAGGCCGGGUAUUAUAAAGCUUUUUAUUUCAUUUAUUUAUUUAUUUUUAUUUUUCAUUUAUGCAAAAAAGUGUUAUGAAACAUGCCAUAAGUAACCUUGAUUAAUUUCAGGAAGACUGUCGUCGAUAUGCCCAACAAUGCGUGCGCCACGCUACUAGGAGGGCCGCAUUGAAAAUUGAGAGGUUGCUACCUAAUAAUUUAAUUUUCGCGAAAAGUCGCAAUAAGUCGCAAAUGAAACCUAUGUGUUCUAAAUAGGGAAUUAAUCACUCUACAACAUGGACUAACACACUUACUAAACAAAUUUGAACAAUUUUUUAAAACUCUAUUCAAAGUUGAAAUUUUAUUUUGAAAGUUGGACGAGAACAUCACUUGAUAAAUAUACAAAUUGUUAAGUUUACGCGCACGAACUAAGCAACAUAUUAGUAGAAACACAUAGUACACACCUCAAGAAUGAGUAUUCAUUUCAAAUUUGACGGGUUUAGGCCUUGUGGUUCAAGAAAUAUUAAUUUUAGUAAGCACUAAAAAAAGAAGCUCUCUGAUGCAUCGAUGCCAUCGCGAUGGCAUGUGCUUUGUGUUUGCAACAGCUGACUUUACAGCUGUUAAUUUUAACAGUGGACUGUUAACUUAACAUUUGCGUUACAGAUUAUAAAUCUUUGAUCAAUUCUUAAUAUGUUAAAAAAAAAAUGUCAAAAUUUGAAACACUUUAAAAAAUACAUUUAUGCCAAAAAAACAGGUCAAAUUCCCCAUAGUGCAGUGGCAAAGGUGACGUUAAAAGAGUAUGCAACAUUUAUUUCCUAUGGAAGACCUUUGCUGCCAUAUUAAAAUGAAAAUCAAAAUCAAAUGAAAUUAUAUUUUUUCAAAACUGAACUAGAAAUACCGAAUUAUAACAUUUAAUUAUCAAAAACUAAGCAAUUAUAUAUUUUCCAUUAAUUAUGUAGUUAGUUAUUUCGACUGGUUACUCUGAUAAAGUCGUCCAAACCAACAUUUUAAAUUGUAUUGUAAGUGUAUAUACGUACGAAUCGUAUUACUAUGUAAUACUGAAAAAUUUGCUAUCAACUUCGAGAAAUUGGAACUUUAGAAUUAUAUUUAAUAACUAUACAUAUGUACAUACAUAUGUACUUAUGUUUGUAAAUGUAUCAAUCACAUUUGUAUACUUAUUAUUCGAUUGUUAUGUACACUUUGUUUUACAAGGGGGCUUACUGUCAAAAGGCUUAAACCAAAAGCAUUAGUAUUUGAGUAUUUAUUUAUCUACAUAAUUCCGAUUAGAAUCGGAGCUUAUCAGCUGGAUGACAUGCCUUUCUGAGAGAUAUUACAGAUUUAUGGCAGCCAUUCAGAGGGGUUGUGUCAUACAUCUAUCAAGCAAUUACAGCGCGCCAAUAAUUCACGAGCUCUCACUUGUGGUUUCGUCGAAACUUAUCAUUGAUUUAUCAAUCUGGUUGGAAACCGGCCGAUCGAUCGAAUAUAGUCAGUCAUUCAAGCUCUUGACUUGUUGGGUAUACAGUUUCAGCUCCUCCACCUAAUCAUCGCAAUGGUCGGGUAGAGCAAACCAAGUGUAAAGUCAAGACAAACAGACACCCAAAGUCAAUGGCAUGGCGUUAAUAGCGUAAGAUAAGGCGGCCAACAGGCCAGGUCGGCCAACUUGUUGACCCAGUGGAGCAAUCAGCUAACAGGCGGAAACAGCUGUUGACCACAACACACUACCCACUACCAGACACCAUGUCUCGUCGUCUGAGAGAUAAAGCAUAGCUGCGAUACUAUUGAUAUCUAUUGAUAUCUGCUAACCCAUAUACAACUUAACGCGUUCGGAUGGUGGUACUCGAAGUUCUCCCAUUGUUGGUAAGUGUCCGUUUCGGAUUGGGGCCUGAUAAGACCCCGAUAAGAAGGGAAUAUGGAGAAGAGCAGACGGGCUAAAAAUAGAAAGGCGAGAGCGGCCACAAUCGAAAGAGAAUAAUAACUCGAAUCAAAACACAGCACUGGUGAUGUGGUUAAGUCAUUCGUUGAGUGGCACUGCUCCCAGCGAGACGCUCCAGAGCGUCUAUAAAUAAGCCCCAACGCUAACGAGGAAAGACCGCGGGCCGCGAGUUAUAAAACACCGAUUA